AUGCCAGCAUCACUAAACUCUCUGCCGCGACACUACCAUGUUCGUACGGUUCAAUGGCUCGCUGCUCAUUGGGCCCGCCUCUCCUCCAGGCACAGACUGAGAUAUUUCCAUGCCGACCCCACAGAUUCUCCUGCAGCCCGCUCUUUGCGAUACAGUCAGAAAGUCAGCUCCACGCCGCCGUCGCCCACCCCCCGUGAAUUGCAAUGCCCAAAAACCGAAUCCGAUUCCAAACCCACCUCUGCCUCAACCCUCUCCUUCACCCACCCGCACCCCACGUGCGCCAUUAAUCAACCCCGUCCACCGCGACCAUUUGUCCCGACGCAGGCAAAAAAAGCCGCAUCGCCAUAUCGGCACCACUAUCUAGUCUGCACGACGUUGGGCCUGGCGGGGUUGCGGGCGUGCCGUCGAUCUGCCAAGCCCCACGCCCCUGGCCCGAAAGAUAAGGGGAAAAAUGGUUUUCCGACUUUACGUCAGGCUAUCGAGUAA